AUGAUCUCGACCAUUCUAUCCAGCCUCUUCGCCCCCCUCUUCCCCGGGCGGCCUAGUCGAAACAAGCCUGACAUAAAACACGUGGCCAUCAUUGGUGCUGGCGCCGCGGGCAUCGCUACAGCAAAAUACGUCCAAGCAGAGCGGCACUUUUCCACCAUCACCUUGUUCGAGAGGCGUGACAAAACAGGAGGUAUAUGGAACAGGGACAGCCCGCACUCAACCACCUCCUGCUCUUUCGCCAACGCUUGUUCUGACAAUGCAUCCUGCAAAUACCCCUCCCCCAUCUACGACGGCCUCGAGUCCAAUAUUCCCAGCCCGGUGAUGCAGUACUCGGACUACCCUUUUGUGAACAAAACUCCACUGCUCCCCCGCCACCAUGAAGUCCUCCAGUACCUACGCGACUAUGCCAGCGACGUACAAGAUCACAUAAGCUUCAACAGUGAGGUCAUUGCGGUCUCCCCUUCAUCCCCUUCGGCCCGCUCCAAGUGGACUUUGACCAUCCGGCAUGUCGACUCUGGAAUCCAACAUGAAGAGCAGUACGAUGCUGUUGUAGUGGCCACCGGCCGCUACGACCAUCCGUUUGUCCCCGAAAUCCCAGGUCUCGAAGAAUGGAAGCAACAGCACCCAGACACAAUCAUCCAUUCCAAGUUCUACCGCAACCCAAGCGCGUUCAUCGACAAGAAAGUCCUCCUGGUAGGCUACUCAGCGUCCGGCGUCGACAUCGGCGCGCAGAUUGACCGGGUCUGCGCACGUCCGCUCCUCGUCUCUAUCAAAGACUGGACGCCGGAAGCUGCCCAGAAGCAAGCUCGGCGCUCCGAAUGCAUCCUCCCGGAGAUUGACGAAUUCCUCGCUGCCGAGCGCACCGUCCGCUUCAAAGGCGGCCACCUCGAGCACGACGUCGACUAUGUGGUGCUCUGCACCGGAUACGUCUUCCAGUACCCCUUCCUAACCUCCAUCCCGGGCGCCGCCAGUGGCGAGUGCAACAAAGACACCUACCAGCACAUCUUCUAUGUCCCCGACCCCACCAUCGCCUUUAACCUCGUGCCGCUGCGCGUCAUCGCCUUCCCCUUCAGUGAGGCGCAGGCCGCCGCCAUCGUCCGCGUCUGGUCCGGUCGCCUGCCGCUGCCAGAGCUGAGUGAGAUGCGUGAAUGGCAGCAGCGUGUGCGCGAGCAGCGCGGAGCGGGCAAGCGGUUCCAUCGCAUGAGCUACCCGGUCGAUGUGGACUAUAUGAAUGAGCUGCACGAUUGGUGCGCCACCGCCGGGAAGCGGGAGGGCCUGGAGAAUGGCGGCGAGGGCAAGGUGCCGCCAUACUGGGGCGAGAGGGAGCGCUGGUUGAGGCAGCAAGUACAUGCGAUUGCGAAAGCGACGCAGGAUAAGGGUGAUGAGCGGUAUAAUGUCUACACGCUGCAGGAUGUAGGAUUCCUGUAUAAGGACACCAGCUAA